UGUAGGUUUGCUCGGAGUUCGGCGAUAAUGACCGAAGUCCGACUCGGGAGCGUCGUCGGAAAAAAAAAGAAAGAAAAAAAACAUGGCGGCCAAGGCGCUCCGGCAGCGAACCAGACGAGGCAGCAGACAAGAUGGAAACAACGUGAGCGUCCCCAACGACGCCCGGCCACCGAAAGAGGAGAAAGCCGGCGAUGAUAGUAAAACUACAGAGACUCGACAAGAGUCGGUAAGUCGUGGAGGGCAGGUGUGGGCUCCAGAAGGUUCGACGGCGUUUAAGUGCCUGCUCUCUGCGCGUUUCUGCGCAGCUUUGCUCAGCAACAUCUCAGACUGCGACGAGACCUUCAACUACUGGGAACCUAUGCACUACCUGCUCUAUGGCACAGGAAUGCAAACAUGGGAGUAUUCUCCGUUGUACGCCAUCAGGUCGUAUGCCUACCUUUGGCUACAUGCUCUUCCUGCUUGUGUGCAUGCCCAUGUUCUCCAGACAAAUAAGGUGUUGGUGUUCUACUUUGUACGAUGUGUCUUGGCAUUCUCCUGCUGUGUCUGUGAACUCUAUUUCUACAAGGCAGUUUGUAAGAAGUUUGGUUUACAUGUGGGUCGUCUCAUGUUGGCAUUCCUCGUCCUGAGCACGGGAAUGUUCUGCUCGUCUGCAGCAUUCCUGCCCUCCUCUUUCUGUAUGUACACCACGCUGGUUGCCAUGACAGGAUGGUUUCAGGACUCGACACCUUUAGCCAUCAUGGGUGUGGCUGCCGGGGUCAUUGUUGGAUGGCCGUUCUCUGCUCUGAUUGGGGUUCCAAUUGCUUUCGAUCUGCUGGUGUUAAAGAGGCAGUGGAAAAGCUUUAUCAUCUGGUCAGCUCUUGCUUUGCUUCUGUUUCUGGUUCCCCUGGUGGCAGUGGACUCUUUCUUUUAUGGAAAACUGGUCAUUGCUCCACUCAAUAUUCUUCUUUAUAAUGUCUUCACACCACAUGGACCUGAUUUGUACGGUACAGAGCCGUGGCAUUUCUACUUUUUUAACGGGCUCCUGAACUUCAACCUGGUGUUUGCUCUGGCACUGUUUUCUCUCCCACUCACUGCUCUCAUGGAGACACUGUUACACAGGUUCAAUGUGCAGAACCUGGGCCGUCCAUACUGGCUAACUCUGUCUCCUAUGUAUAUCUGGAUGUUGGUUUUCUUCACCAGACCCCAUAAAGAGGAGCGUUUUUUAUUUCCCAUCUACCCUUUAAUCUGCCUUUGUGGAGCAGUAGCCCUCUCAUCACUGCAGAAAUGCUACCACUUCCUGUUCCAGCGGUACCGUCUGGAGCACUACACUGUCUCUUCCAAUUGGUUGGCUCUAAGUACAGUUGUCGUCUUCUCAGUGCUGUCACUGUCUCGCUCAGUCGCCCUCUUCAGAGGCUACCACGCCCCUUUGGACCUGUACCCAGAGUUCCACCGCAUCGCAAAGGACCCAACUCUUCAUGCAGUCCCUCCCGGGAGACCUGUUAGUGUGUGUGUGGGCAAAGAGUGGUACCGCUUCCCAAGCAGCUUUCUUUUACCGCACAACUGGCAGCUACACUUCAUUCAGUCUGAGUUUAAAGGGCAGCUGCCUCAGCCGUAUGCCUCUGGACCUCUGGCCACACAGAUCAUCCCGGCUAAUAUGAACGACCAGAACCUGGAGGAGCCAACCAGAUAUUUGGAUUUACGGCAGUGCCACUACUUAGUAGACCUGGACAUAGAAGAAGAAUCACCACUUGAGCCAAAUUAUUCAGCCAACAAAGAGGAGUGGAACGUCAUCGCCUUUAAGCCUUUUAUUCAAGCAUCAAGAUCAUCUCGUCUCCUCAGAGCAUUCUACAUCCCAUUUUUGUCAGACCAUCACACCACCUACAGGCGCUACGUCAUCUUGAAACCACGGCGGCAAAAGCAGCCUCGUAAAAGGACCCAUGGCUGACCUUCGAACCUCAUAGCGGCCCAACGUACAACAGAAAUCAGUCGCUUCCCCUCAAAGCAGCCGGUAUUUGCGUAAGUGUGUGUUCGUGUGUGUGUGUGUGUGAUUGUUGGACAUGCGUACAUGCAUGUGUUUUAAAGUAUGAUGAAACACUGCAAGAUAUCAGACCCUUUAAGGACUUUACGUCUGCUCCAGGACUUGUGUGUGUGUGUGUGUGUGUGUGAGGGAAGUGAAAACUCUUAGUAUGUAGAUUUUCUUGUCAGGUAUCAGCUGGACUUGUUUGUACAUUUUGUGUGUGUGUGUGUGUUUGUGUAAAUGAAUGUCUUUGUAUGAACACUACAAGAUUUUAAAUGCAUAUAUCCUAGGACAGGCCAUUACAGAUAAAUGUGAGUGUUUUCUUUUCAUAUUUAACUUGAAGACAUGGCCAAACAAACCUGAAAUGAAUCUCAAAAAUCUUGUAGUGUUGCCUGCACUUGAACAGUAUUUUAUUGUGUGCGCUGUUGGCUGUGAGUGAUGGAAAUGAAUGACAGUAAGGUUGUGUUGUUAAUUUACCUUGGAAUGUGAAUUAAAAAAAAACAUGAUUUAAUGCUGU